GGAGACAGAGCUAAAGACUUGGGGGACUGUGCCGCUGCAGAGAGCAGGCUGUACGAAACCUGAAAAAGCAGGGAGAGCCUCGCCACUGCUCCGCCCUAAGAACUUCCAUAAUCGGAAUUCCGUGGAAGCUCAGGCUCAGGCUCAGGCUCUGUACUGUUAGUAGUAGCGGUGGAGAAGGCGCAGCGGAAGACGAAUCAACAUGAACGACGACGAAGCAUGCGGAGUUAUGGAGGCGCAGUACAUACGGAGGCAUCACCGUCACCAGCCCAGCGAGAAUCAGUGUACCGCCGCCGUCUUCAAGAACGUUAGAGCUCCGGUUCCCCUUGUUUGGUCACUGGUGAGGAGAUUCGAUCAACCUCAGAAGUAUAAGCCUUUUGUAAGUCGUUGUGUGGUCAAAGGAGACCUGGGGAUUGGAAGUGUCAGGGAAGUGAAUGUAAAAUCUGGUCUUCCUGCGACCACCAGUACUGAGAGACUGGAACUUCUUGAUGAUGAAGAACACAUUCUGGGAAUCAGGAUCGUGGGUGGAGAUCACAGGCUCAAAAACUACUCUUCCAUCAUGACUGUCCAUCCAAAGGUCAUUGAUGGAAGACCUGGGACGCUUGUGGUUGAGUCUUUUGUGGUAGAUGUGCCCAACGGGAACACAAAAGAUGAGACAUGUUAUUUUGUGAAGGCAUUAAUUAGAUGCAAUCUUAAAUCUUUGGCCGAUGUAUCAGAGAGGAUGGCUGUGCAGGGACAAACCGAACCGCUCGAGAAAUAGUCGAUAUGGAGGAAGCAACUGAACAUUGAUGUGAAUAGUUUCAUGGUAGACCCAGAAGCCAUUUUAGCUCCACUUGUGCUGUGCCGUGUAAAGAUUUGUUCAGAGCUAUCCUAUCACGUUCUCUGAAGUUUUGGGUGUAAGUCUGGUGGUUAAUUUUCCUUCACAUGGAGAUGCAUUUGGUUUUUGUUACAUGCUUUUUCUCGUUACUCGUUUCUUUUCUUUCUGAAGGGCAAACGAGGGCGAGUCUCCUCCGCUCCUUUAAGCUAAGCUAAGCUAUCCAUGGAUGAAAUUUGGGAAUUCUUAUUUUAUGUCAAUUAUUAACUUCAGUUUGUGCAGCAUGGUAGCAGACAAUUUAGGGCCUAUGCAUUUUAGCUUAAGGCAGUACUGCUAUGUAUGUUUUGUACAUACUUAGUCUUUGAAAUAAGUUAGUAUAUCGCUUGGUUUAGAUGGUAUACACGUCUGUCCUGACUCUUGACUGAAACUUUCCUGAAAAUUUGUUCUCUACACAUCUUAUGACAGGAGAAUGUUGAAUCUCAUCAAGUUCUUUACUUCUUCUCUUUUCA